AUGGCGAUAGUGGAAGAAUGGCGAGCAGACGGCUCAACCUCUGAUGAAGACGACUGGCACGAUAUGCCGGGUACAGAAUCACAUUACGUUAAAGAAUAUGUAGUGAAGCAUUCCCCACGUAGAAAGGGUGGUCUCAAGAUUGCAAACACUGAUAAAGACGUCUUUAUUGAAACCCAGGGUCUACCUCUAUUCGACCCAUGGGCAGUAUGA